GGUCAACAAAUAUAUACGCGAAGAGUUGACAUUGACCUUAGAAGCCACCACCACGUUGCGUCCGAACCAAGACGCACACUGGACGGUGUUUUCACCUAACCUACAACAGUGGGACCCAUUUCUUUCCCGAACCGACUUAGGUUCGGACUUCCCUUUCCCCUUCUAUAAAUUCACGUUCGCGAUUUGCCUCGACGCGUAAUUAGUAACGACUCGUUAACCAAUUUUCUCAGACAAAGGAAAAAGUGAUAAGAGUGAAGGUGAUCAAGAUGGCAUUAGUAUCAGGAGGAAGAUCAACACUAAACCCCAACGCCCCACUUUUCAUUCCAGCUGCUUUUCACCAAGUGGAGGAUUUUUCUCCUGAAUGGUGGCAGCUGGUGACAACACUGACAUGGUAUCAUGACUUCUGGCUUAGCCAGCAACAUGAUGAUGAAGGCUUUUAUCAUGAAGAUGAUGUUGUUGAUUUGUUGCCUGAUGCAUUUGAUCUUGAUGUUGCUGAUGAUUUUUCUAUUGAAGCACAGCUUGAAGAGUUUAUCAAGUCUUCUGAAGCCCAAGAGGAAACUUUUGUGGAGCCAUAAGUCAAAGAUGGAGCUUCCAACAAUUCUAUCUACCAAAGAUGCCUUAGCUUUCGGUCAUUUAGCUAAUGUACCAUGUCAGCUUUAACUUUCUGUAACUUCUGUAUAGGCAAGGUUUCAACUUUCAAUCAAUCCUUCUUACCAAAAUUUAUGGUAAAAUUUAGACAGGGAAAAGAAAAAAUGUAAAAAUAUUUCAUGUACUCAUGUUGUAAGAGCAGCUUAUAAGUAAUAUGACAAAAUGAAAAAAAAAAAAAAAGAAGUCUGGAUUUGUUUCCUCAUUACUUUUUA